GUAUAAAUGAAGGUAUUGUGACUUUUCUGGCUAGGGGUGGAAACAAAGCUUGUAGUUUACUGGUUAAUGCCUGGCUACUGUAGCUAACGUUACUCUCAAAAGAAAAGUUGCUGAUGGUAGUUGCGGUGUCAGUCAGAGAUAACAGACACACAAACAGCAAGAGGGACGAUGAGUCAACGUGAGCAGCAGGAUAUAGUCCCAGCAUACCUCAAAGAUGAGCCUCCAGCAGACAGCAACAAGGAUCACCCCAUGCCCCAGCCAGGCAUGUUCUCCAGAGUGACCGGCGGCCUCUUCAGUGUCACUAAAGGUGCCGUGGGAGCCACUGUGGGUGGGGUGGCCUGGAUAGGAGGGAAGAGCUUCGACCUGACCAAGACCGCUGUCUCCUCGGUGGCCGCUGUACCCAGCAUCGGGGUGGGGCUGGUGAAAGGAGGGGUGUGUGCUGUAGCAGGAGGCGUGUCCGCAGUAGGCUCAGCGGUAGCCAGUAAAGUUCCUAUUGGAGGGGGCAAGAAAAAGGACAAGUCUGAUUGAGGAGGGGCGGAAGACGGUGCCAUUUUGGGUAUCGUGCAUGUCGUGUCUGAUCCGCCUAGUCUGGAGGGCUACGGAGGAAUCCAACAAUGUCGUGUGUAUUCACUUUCCAUGGAGGGCUCGACACUCUGAUCCGCGAGUGUCUAUAGACCACUCCCAUAUUAUGUGGCCUGGCCACUGAGGGCGAGAUUAAAUAAGGGGUUUUCUGUUCAGCAAUGCAGGGGCCACCCCACCCAUCUUUGUCUGUGAUAUAAACCAGUGCCUCAAACUGUUGAAAUAUGAAAUGACUGACUGAAUGUUGUAUUUACUGUAGAUGUAUUUACUGUAGAUAGAAGGCAACCAAGAAAACAUUAGGCCAAUUUUAUUGCGUAAUAUUUGUUCAAUCUCUCGGCCACUGUUGAAGAAACAUGCCGUGAACAUUUUCACCAUGUUUAGGCGCUGUUCAUGUUCAUUGCUGUGUUUGUUGAAAACUUGAACGUCACCUGGCAGUCAGACAAUCCGUGAUCAAUGACUAGCCCGGCACCUCUGACAGAAAAUAAAGAGGAUCUCAUGGGGGGGGUUGGUACUGGGCCUGCACAGGGGGUUUACCACCGUGAUCCCCGUUGUGGCGGGGUUCAGAUUGAAGAAGCCAGCACUGGGCUGUUCCAACAACCGAGGCAGCGCCUUGUUGCAAAAAGCGUCGGUAAUGGCGGGGAGUUGAUGGCUCCACUCCAUCUCUCUGAUUGAUUCUGUUUCUGAGAUUACUGACUCUGCCUCUGGGGCCCAGCAGCCCAGCUUUGGUGCCCUCUCCCACAACAACACUCAUCACUCUCCCUCUGCUCCCUGAGAAUUACCGUGGCACUCUGGGAUUUUAAUGCUGCCUGCCAGGGCUAUGGGGGACUAAACACUCUGCUCAGGAAGUCAAUGUUCCUGGCUAGAUGUUUAUGCUUGUGGAAAUUGUUUUCAUUUUUUCCCUUCUGUUAAGUAUAUGAUUUGAAUCUCAAACUCCCCGUUCCUGAUGUGAUGGGGAUUGUUUUUUCAUUCCAGAGGGAUUGUUUUUUUUCAUCCACCAGGGAAAUUCUCUAAAGGGGACAUUUUCCAUUAAAAUGUUUCUUCUGAGGGUUCUCUCUGGCGCGAGUAAUGUACUCAUGUUUUCCAAUGACAGUGGUAGUUUUACGAUGCGUUUACCCUUUAAUGGUAUGGAAUGAAUGUUUUCACUGAUGCUGCGCUGAAUCACAGAGCUCUGUCACUGCCCUUUCUCUCGCUUUCUUUUGUUCUUUCACUUUACAAUGUGCCUUAUUCCAACACGAUAGCCUGAACUACAGUAACAUAUUCCUUUAGUCCACAUACACUGCGUGUACAAUACAUUAAGGACACCUGCUCUUUCCUUGACUUAGCUUUCACCUGGUCAGUCUAUGAUCCCUUAUUGAUGUCACCUGUUAAAUCCACUUCAAUGUAGAUGAAGGGGAGGAGACGGGUUAAAGAAGUAUUUUUUUUUUAAGCCUUGAGACAAUUGAGACUUGGAUAGUGUAUGUGUGCCACCCAGAGGGUGAAUGGGCAAGACAAGAUUUAAGUGCCUUUGAACAGGGUAUGGUUGUAGGUGCAAGGUGUACCGGUUUGUCAAGAAAUGCAAAGGACAUCCAGCCAACUUGACACACCUGUGGAAAGCAUUAGUCAACAUGGGCCUGCAUCCUUGUAGAGCACUUUCGACACCUUGUAGUGUCCAUGCCCCUACGAGGUUGUUUUUAGGGCAAAGGGGGGUGCGCAACUCAAUAUUAGGAAGGUGUCCUUAAUGUUUUGUCUACACAGUGUAUUGUCCUACUGUCAAAAAACAAACUAGGUUAUUUUAGCGUUAUACAUUUAACACGUUGCCUUAUGUUAUAGGUAUUUGAAAUACAAUGUAUUCAUAUUUUUAAUAUAGUGCUCUAUCAAAGGAUUUCACUAUUAAUCAGUGGAUUCUUUAAAAGUGGAGUGCACUGUGCCACAAAACAUUGGUGUGUAGGCUACACCUUUAACAUCACAUGGAUAUUUAUUUUGUUCAGGAUUUGUCUCCUUCAUACAUCGCCUUUCCAGUUUUCACCUCAAUAUUUCAUGAACCUUUCAUUCAUUCCACGCGUUGACUGCUGGAUACAGGAGUUAAGGCUGAGGGAUUUCAGGCUGAUCCUUCUACAAUUUUAAGGGAUUUCCUCUUGGGUUUCCUGUCAAUGUGCUGAAGGUGGAAUUGAACUCGUAUUUCAAUAUCAUUUUAUAAUAAAUAAAUCAGCCUUUUUCAUCAGA